CCUCCCUACCGUCCUCCCUUUCCACUCUUGACCUCUGAGAACCUUCCAUUCCACGUUCAAACCUCUCUGUCGAGAGAGAGAGACCUGACGCCAUCGAGCACCUUUCGCCUUGAUUUGAACCGCCGCUCCGUCCUCCCUUCCCUCGCCAUCUCACCCAUUUGCCCCUUUCAGCCUCUCCUCUAAUCCAAUUCCCUCGGAUCUCUCGCUUUCACGUGCGUGCGGGACACAGACUCGGGUUGGGGAGGCAAACCGACACCAGCGGCGGGAAGAUGGUGAGGUUGCCGUACCUGACCGCGUUGACCACCCUGUUCAGCUACGGCCUCCUGUUCGUGUUCGGCCAGCUCAGGGAUUUCUUCCGGAAGAUCAUCGAUUGGUCCAAAUCCACCUCCAAGGGCCUCAAGGGGUAUGCCCCGAUCUGCUUAGGGCUCGAAGAUUUCUACACCCGCCGCCUCUAUCUCCGCAUUCAGGACUGCUUUAGUCGACCAAUUGCUAGUGCACCAGAUGCUUGGAUUGAUGUGGUUGAACGAUAUUCUAAUGAUAAUAACAAGACACUACACCGGACCUCGAAUACUACCAAGUGCCUCAACCUGGGAUCAUAUAACUACCUUGGUUUUGCAGCAGCUGAUGAAUACUGCACGCCCCGUGUUAUCGAGUCUUUGAAAAAAUACUCUUCCAGCACCUGCAGUAUCCGUGUAGAUGGCGGCACGACUGACUUACAUAAUGAACUGGAGGAGCUAGUUGCAAGAUUUGUGGGAAAACCAGCUGCUAUAACUUUUGGCAUGGGUUAUGUGACAAACUCUGCCAUUAUCCCCAUUCUGAUUGGGAAGGGAGGACUGAUUAUUAGUGAUUCUUUGAAUCAUAACUCCAUUGUCAAUGGUGCUCGAGGAUCAGGUGCAGCAGUACGUGUUUUCCAGCACAAUAACCCCUCACAUUUGGAAGAGGUGCUGAGAGAGCUGAUAGCUGAGGGACAGCCUCGAACACAUAGGCCGUGGAAGAAAAUUAUUGUUAUUGUUGAGGGUAUCUACAGCAUGGAGGGAGAACUUUGCCAGCUUCCUGAGAUAAUAUCUGUUUGCAAGAAAUACAAGGCAUACACUUACUUGGAUGAGGCCCACAGCAUUGGUGCAGUUGGAAAAACUGGCAGAGGAGUUUGUGAGCUCCUAGGAGUGGAUCCAGCUGAUGUAGAUAUCAUGAUGGGCACAUUUACAAAAUCCUUUGGAUCUUGUGGAGGAUAUAUUGCGGCAUCCAAGGAAAUCAUUCAAUACCUAAAGUACAGUUGUCCAGCACAUCUAUAUGCAACUUCCAUGUCACCACCAGCUGUACAGCAAGUGAUAUCAGCAAUUAAAGUUAUUCUUGGUGAAGAUGGGUCAAGUAGAGGGGCCCAGAAACUUGCACAUAUUCGUGAAAAUAGUAACUUCUUCCGAUCAGAACUUCAAAAGAUGGGAUUUGAAGUUCUUGGUGAUAGUGACUCACCGGUUAUGCCAAUAAUGCUCUACAACCCAGCAAAGAUUCCAGCCUUCUCUAGGGAAUGUCUCAAACAGAAUGUUGCCAUUGUCACUGUUGCAUUUCCAGCCACACCUCUUCUUCUUGCAAGAGCUCGUAUUUGCAUAUCGGCUGCACACUCGAAGGAGGACCUUAUCAAAGGGCUGGAGGUCAUCAGCAAAGUUGGUGACCUUGUGGGCAUCAAGUACUUCCCUGCAGAACCACCUAAUCACCAAGGACAGGGCCACAAGAAGCUGGAGUAGAGAAAUACCGGUUGUGGGUCAACUGAAGAUUUUAUGCUGAAAUCGAAUCCAUUUCCAAUCACAGAGAUGUCUGUUUUCGUCAUCUUUGAAUCGGAUUUUCCCUUGAACGACCCAUGUGUUCAUCUAUCCGAAUCUGACUUUGGCCCUCCACAUUUAGCCCACAUCAUGCUUUCUUAUGGACAGUUAUCUCGGUAAGUUGUGCUGCUUAAACAUGCUUUCCAAUUUGUGUAUAUCAUCAUGAUGCUCAAUAUGAAAGUCACAAAUCUGACUCUAG